AACAGCUGAUUUCACUGUAGGUUAAUACAACCCAAUACACAGCAGAUGCAGAGUGUGUUUUUCCUUCUGUUUUAAUGAAGGAAUGUCUAUCAAUAAUUGUGCGGGGAAAAAACUCAUAUCUGGUUUUAUUGUUAUCACGUGUAUCAUAACGAUUCCUUUCAGCUAUGCAUCUUUACACCAUUAAAAUCCUAGAAUAUGGACUUAAAAAAUCGAUCGAUAUUAUACGUUGGAGUACGCAGUUGUUUAUGUUAUAGAAGCAGGUAGUUACGGAAUGAUUAAUGUCAAACAGUUUUCUCUAUCAUUGUACGUAAUGAGAUAUAAACACAGAUUUUUUACAUAAACACCUUAGAGACAUGUAAUUAUUUGUUGGUGGUAAUGAUUUAUCAACAGAACUGUGCUAGUGAUUAUUGAAAGGAAUUUUUGUUUUUGAAAAUGUUAUAUGGAACUCUGAUGGUUACGAAAUGACGUAUGCUUAGUAAGUGAUGCACAUUGACUUAGUACUCUUCCUGUUAGUUUUCUCGAUAAAUGUAAUAUUUGCAACCAUUUCUGAAGACUACGGUGAAUGGGGAAAUUGGGGAGAUUGGUCACAGUGCUCUGUCACGUGUGGAUACGGAUCGAUACAUCGGAAUAAAAACUGGAUUUAUAAAAAUGGACAAGUAUCAAACUACACAUACAGUAUGAUUGUAGAAUGCUGGACAAAAAUAUCAUGUCCUGUUGAUGGCGGUUGGACAAUGUGGACCGCAUGGAGUGACUGCACUAGAAUGUGUGGAGGCGGAACUAGUACACGUACUCGAUUAUGUUUGGCACCUGCGCCGUCCUCAAACGGUAGACAAUGUGAGGGAUUUCCGCGUGAGGAAAAACAGUGCAAUGUCAUUGUUUGUCCAGUACUUCCAGAUAACUUUGAUAUGUCAGUAUGCAACGAUACAACCUUUAUCUGUAAAAGCCAGAGACACUGUAUACCGGAAGUGUUUCAUUGUGAUAACACACUACAAUGCCACGAUGGAAGUGACGAAUUGCCCGACGAAUGUCGAAAGUUUAACAGCUUAAAUAGUAGUGGAAACCAACAAAAUAUAGCAAUGAACAUUUUAAUGAUUGUGAUAGCAACUCUAUCUGUUAUUGUAACAACAAAUCAUCCGGUAUGACGCAAAGGUCGUGAACUAUAGGAAACAAGUUGAUAUGCAAACUGUGAUAGAAUUUACCUUUUUCUGUGUUCACGGGUGAUAUAUAUGCAGUCAUCACAUUAAUGCAUUUUAAACAUGGCACAUUCAAGCAAUAAUGGAUGCAAUGAGAUAAAAUAUUCCACUAAGCUCGGUAUGUGCUAACAGAUUAAACGACUAUGGGAAACUUCUAAAUGGUCUUACCAUGCAGUAGUUUCUAGUCUGACUCAAACUGAAUCAGAAACAGUAUCAUUUGUAAUAUAAGUCACGUUUAUAAAAUACACAUUUGACUAAUUUGCAAAGCACAUGAUGUACAUAGCAGUGUCGUUUUAAUGCGCUUCCGAAUGUCUUGUCAUUUUUAAACGCUCCUCAUAUAACAAAUUGAAUCCUGUUGCAUCAUACUAUCCUUUGCAAGAUCAUUGAGAAAUGAAGUAUAUCGCAAAAUCGAUUGUCGUUCAAUAGCCAAACUUUUGUUUUAGCAGUGUUAAAACUGUGUCAUAUAGCGAAUAAAUCAAACUUUAUUUUCGGCAUGAUUCCAAGAUACGAUAAGAUUAACACAGAAUUAUUUGUGUUUUUAAAAAAGCUUUGUGGGUUCUUUCAAGAGUCCGUUUUUUAUCUUGCCAAAACAUUUCAUGAGAAAUUGGAAUCUAUUUAAAACAAAAGAAUUUCUAUCUUUCGCUGAUGAAAGAGUGUAUGUUUUCAGGCUUGUUCAAAUAUGUUCUUUCCUCAAAAACGAUAUGUUCUGCCCCUCUGGUGUUAGGUACACGGAAAAGUGUUUUGAAGAAAAACAAAUAUUGGUCUGCUCUUCAUCAUGACAUCAACGUGCCGAAUUUGAGAAACUAAUCUUACGGACUGUUAUUUAGUGUUUUCGCUACAAUAAUCUGGGCGUGUUUGUCUACUUUAAUAAGAAGAAAUUGUUUCAUUGCAGUUCUCAUGAAAGUGUUAAUGUACUGAAGUUGAUUGAGAAUGCUAUAAAAUCACACAAUAUUUUUUACUCUAUACUUUGUAUACUAUAUAUAAAUAUAUAUAUAUAUAUAUAUAUAUAUAUAUAUAUAUAAAUAAAUAAGAAAUAGUAGAUGUACAUUUUUGUAAAAGAAAAUAUGCACAAGUUUUGUUUGAACAAAUCCACUUCUUCCAUUUAUCUAAUUUUUAACUGUUUAAAUUUCGUAUUAAUUCAAGGGAUAUGUUUAGUUUGAAAUUUUAGAUAUCAAUCAAGAUAUUUUUUUUAAUACAUUCCCUUCUUCCAUUAAUUAAAUUCUGAACUAUUUAAAUUUCGAUUUAUUCAAGGGAUAACAUCGAUGUUUUAUUUGAAAUGUUAAAUAUUAAACAAGAUUUUGUUUCUGGUUCAAAGAUAUUAGGAUUUGAAUACAAGUUAAAGACGAUUAUUUUUGUGAUCAAAAUUUAACAUCAAUAUUUCCGAAUCUUCUUUAAAUUGCAUUCUGAAUAUUGUUGAUAUUUAAUUAUGAAAUUAGUGCCAAGUGGUAGACCAUGUAAAAUAAAAACACGAACCUUUAAAGCAAACUGGCGUCACAAUGCAAAUUGUUAAUCGAGUCAUUUGCCUAUCGUUCUUAUUAUGGGAAAAAGAACAUAAAUUGAUUCCCCGUUUUUCCCUAAGAAAUAUGAACUAAAAUAUGAGUGUUGCAUGCAAAAGCUAAAAAGGAUUUCUUUGUGUAAUACUGUUAGAUUUAUUAUUACAAAAUUAAUAUUCAUCGACAAAUGCAAUAUCCUGAAAUUUCAGGUUGUAUUUAUCAUUUCAAAAGAACUUUGUUACACAAUGUUAUUAGAGGUGCCAAUAUAAAAUGAAGUUAUUAAACGUAUUCUGUGCUAUUUUCAUUCAUACAAAACAUUCAUACCUCUAUUUAGCUUAUAAUAUAAAAGUGAAAAAUUUUCCACAUUAGAUACCGUUUCUAGUAUUUAGUUGCAUGUACAAAAAAUCCACGGUCGGCUUUUUUAUGUAUAAGUUGCACACUAUGGGUACUAAAACAUACUAGGCUGAGUACAUGCAAACAUACAACGACAAACUAUCAAUUUGUCGACAAAACCCUGUUAUUUUUUUUUUGUAUUUCCUUUACAAAUGAUGGCUUGAAAGAUACAAACAAUUCGCAUAGGGCAUUGCCUAAUACCCGGAUCGAUUUCGACCUCUCUAAUUGGACCGUACGCAUAUUAACCGUAGCAACCAUGUACAGUUUUCGCUCUUUAUUUUUCGAAACGCGCGAAAAUAUAACUAUACUAAAGUCUGUUACAAAAUACCUGUCUAGAAAAAAAACAUAACAAUUACUAUUAACGAAUUAAGAGCAUUUAAGUUACUUUUUCCAUCUUUCUAUUUCUAUAAACUAUGAGGCAAAAAUUCUCUCUUUUUCCAUUCUUUCUUUUCGUUUUGAAACACCAUUGUCAUUCGAUAAUGUGAGUAUUUUUAUGAAAUGUUUAAACAUUUGAAAUAUAUUCGUGGUUUACUUAACAAUUUUCAGAACAAAUAUAUCGUUUCUCUUUUUCAUUUUAAAAGAAAAUAUGAAAAUCGAAUUGCUUUAAUUACUACAUCUGCUUGCAAGACCUACAUUGUAUUGUCAAGUGUAUUAAUAAGAUUAUUUCAUUAACCUUUUAAUUGAGUUAUUUCGAGAAAAAACAUACUAACCUAAAGUUAUCAGUUUUGCCCCUUUGUCUAUUCUUUCUUUUUUUAACUUUGGAAACACAAUUAUGUAAAUCAUUUUUGUGUGAAGGUUGCAUGUAUCUUAUAGCAUGUAAGGAAAAUAUAAAUUAUUUUAAAAUGUCUUAAUUAAUUUGUUUCAUUAUAUUCAAUUUUUGUUACAUUCAGAUGUACAACGGGGGAACACUCAUCAGUUAUGCUUCUAUUGUAUAAAUUCUUGAAUUAUUAAGAUGUUCCAUUGUGUAAUGCACACAACAUUCCUGAACUGUGUUAUUUUUUUUUGUGUUGUUACUUGUUCAUCAUCAAUCUGUGAUCGUAUAAUAAAAUCAAAUCAAAUGUU